AUGCUGCGCCUCAUCAACCGCCUCCUCGGCCGCCACGAGAACACACUCCCACCGUUCGACUUCGCGCGCAACAAGUACCCAGCCAAGAAGAAAUGGCCGCCGAACCUGCGCGCCCUGACGGAGAAGCAGCAGUUCCGGUUCGAGCGCAAGUUCAAGCGACGCAUCAAGGCGAAGUCGAUACGGCCAGAAUGGAACAAGUGGACCAAGGUGGUGCAGUGGAGCAUGAUCAGCUUCAUCGUUGUCUACGGUGUCUUGUUCCACGACUUCCGCAAGGACCCGAUGAACCCAAGGCCGGGCGAGCAGCCGUUUGAGGGAUUGAGGAAGAGGAUGUGGGGGAUGUUUGGGGGGUUCUACACACAUACGAGCGAGGAAGCUAGGUCUCCCAUAGCGGUGGGAGAAAGUCCAGAACGGAAAGGUAGUCGCGACUAG